ACCUAUAACUUACAAUUGCAAAUAAAUAAAAAAAAUGAAUCCACAUGACCGAGAACAAAGUUUUAAGGAAUACAGCAAAAUUUUGGAAGGCUUAAAAUCGUCCUUUUUCGAAAGAUGGAAGGCAAGAAAAGACCAAACAGCCUCACUCGAUCAUUUUGAGCGACUCCGAACACUCGGUACUGGAGCAUUUGGAAGAGUUAUGCUCGUCAGACAAAAAAAAACGACGACAUUUUUUGCGAUGAAAAUCCUGGAAAAGGCGAAGAUUGUCAGAAUGAAGCAAGUGGAGCACACUCUCAACGAAAAAACAAUUUUGCAGUGUCUCAAGUUUCCCUUCGUAAUCUUUAUGAAAUACUCUUUUAAGGACAAUUCCUACCUUUACAUGAUUCUUCCAUUCGUCAGGGGUGGCGAAAUGUUUUCACAUUUACGAAGAGUGGGAAAAUUUAACGAGUUUCAGGUAAGAUUCUACGCAGCACAAGUGGCCCUAGCUUUGGAAUAUUUGCACUACUGCAAUUUGAUCUACAGGGAUUUGAAACCAGAAAAUAUUCUGAUCGACGCUAAUGGAUACUUAAAAAUCACUGAUUUUGGAUUCUGUAAAAUGAUCGAUGGGAGAACCUGGACGUUGUGUGGCACUCCUGAAUACUUAGCACCGGAAAUUAUUUUGUCUAAAGGCUAUGGAAAAGCAGUCGACUGGUGGAGUUUUGGGGUUUUAAUUUUCGAGAUGAGUGCUGGUUAUCCUCCUUUUUAUUCUCACGAACCAAUAAGGAUAUAUGAGAAAAUUGUAUCUGGAAAGUUUAAGUAUGCCGUUCACUUUGGAGAAGAUUUAAAAGAUAUUUUAAAGAACAUUUUGCAAGUUGAUUUGACAAGACGAUAUGGGAACUUGAAAAAUGGUGUGAUGGAUAUAAAAAGACAUCCUUUUUUUCAAACUAUUGACUGGAUUCAAAUUUACAAUCAGGCUCUGGAACCAUCCUAUAAACCGGAGUGUAGUGAUGCUGGCGAUACGAAACAUUUUGAUCGGUAUGAUGAGGAACCACUUGAAAUCGCGAGCACUGAUCGAUUCGCUAAGGAAUUUGAAAAUUUUUAAUUUUUUUGUUUGUAUUGAAAGUAGUGAUAGAAGUUACAUACCUUUUAAUUGAUGAAAGUAUCGAUUUAAGGCGUCAUGACAUCCUAGAACGCAGUAGAGUUCUUUGGGUGGUAGCAACUCUUGAGUUCCGUUCUAUUUUGAUGGUUUCAUGUAUCAUAUGUUAUAUUAUUUUAAAUAUUUUGUAUAUAAUUAUUUAGAUAAAAAUUUAAUUAGACAA